ACGCAUUGGACCCCGAUUCUUCCACCCUUUGGAGUUCUCCCCAAUGAAUAAGGUGCACCCACCUUUUCCUCUUAUUAACUCACAUGAUUUUGUUUGACAUUCCCUUGGGAUAGAGCAUAGCGACAAAAAAAAUAGAGAAAGAUUCACCUUUCCUUCGCCGUCUGAGCCACGCAACUCACACGCAUCCUGAUCAAGGCAUUCUACAGUCGAGUCCUUUACAAGUUUCAGCAAGCUCUAUCGCCGCAACAACAUUCCAUCAAGCAAUUCGCCGAACUGAGAAUGACAAAGACUAGCCUCUUCGAAGACUAUGUGGUCACAGACAGAGGCGGUGUUAUCGAAAACAGACACGCAGUCCACGCCGCAGUCGUCGAUGUCAGCGGUAAAAUCCUCUAUGCAGUCGGUAACCCUUCACGGAUGACGCUGGCUCGCUCCGCAUCCAAACCAGCGCAAGCUCUCGCAAUGCUCGAAACUCCGGGCUUUGAGAAAUAUGGCUUCGACGGCGCCGAUGUAGCCCUGAUGUGCGCAUCUCACAACAGCGAAGAUCGGCAUGUUUCCAGGGCGAGGUCAAUGUUAUCCAAGGUCGGGGCGCAAGAGUCGGACCUGCGUUGCGGCGGCCACCCUUCCAUUUGCCCGGUGGUUGAUAAAUCGUGGAUUAGAGCCGGGUUCACGCCAAUGGAGAUCAAUAGCAACUGUUCCGGUAAACACGCGGGCAUGCUGGGGGGCGCAAAGGCUCUCGGUGCGAGCUUUGAGGGCUAUCACCUCCCUCACCAUCCGAUGCAGGUCAAGGUUAAGCAAGUUGUUGAAGACUUGAGCGGGCUCAGCGGAGACGAGAUCAAGUGGGCAAUUGACGGUUGCAACCUCCCUGCGCCAGGCCAACCUCUCUACUCCAUGGGUUGCAUGUAUGCUGCGUUUGCCGCGGCUGCGGAUGCUAUCGAUAGAGGAGAUGCCGUUCAUUCUACGAGAACAAAGCACAUGGCCGAUAUUUAUAACGCCAUGUCAACGUACCCCGAGAUGGUUGGCGGAGAAGGGCGUUUCUGUACAGUGCUCAUGGGAGCUUUCGAAGGCGGCCUUUUCGGCAAAGUUGGCGCAGACGGAUGCUACACCAUCGGUAUCCGAGCAUCAGAGGCCACGAAGGAGCUUGGCGCGGAGGGAGCUGUCGGCAUUGCGGUCAAGAUCGAAGACGGGAGUCUCGAAAUCCUCUAUGCCGCGGUUCCUGAAAUCCUGGAUCAGCUUCGAAUCGGAACACCAGAGAUGCGACGAAAGUUGGCGAGCUUCCAUCACCUGAAGCGGGUCAAUACUAUGGGCGUUGAGACGGGUCAGGUCUCACACGCCUUCAACGUUCGCCGCGUGAUUUGAGUGAGUCGUAUUGCUUGCAGCAGGACUGACCUGUUGGAGAUGGCUGAGGAGGAUUGAUAAGAGUGAUAGAUCGUUGCCUCUCUCUCUUCAUGAUGGAGCAGGAUAGAUGAGUUAUUACCAAGCAAUCGCUGGGUGACUCAUAGUCACUCAUGAUUAACCAGUCAGUCUUUAAUGGAGUUAGGUAGCAUCCCGACAUCUUCCCUCACCUGCAGAUGAAUCAGUUGAGUAAAACCAGCAGCCCGGGUUUAAGCCUGGGAUGCAGAUUAUAGGGACAGAAGUUUGGCCGACUGAAGUAAGCAAGCUUAGCAAUCACACAUCGAAACCAUGCGC